UGGUAUGCUAAUGGUAGCAUAUAGCGAUAUUUUGUAAGUAAGUUAGAAAAACAGAAUAUGCAUUUUGUUUCUGGAGCUUUCCUGUCGACCUUUAUUCUGAAGAAACACAAACAGGAUCCUUUUGUGUUUCAUGGAAAUAGAUUACAUCACUUUAUGGUUAAUAUUCACUAACCAACAACUCACUGUAAUCACACCCAACCCUGCCUCUCUCACACACACACCCACACACACACAAUAACUCAUCCUUGUGCAAUACACACACACACACACACACACCCUCUGCAGGUAGCAGCAUGCUGCAGCCUCACCCUGGCAGUCACAUACCACGCCUCUGCAAGACCUGUUGUUGAGAGUACACACACACCCAUACACACACACCCAGGUCAGGUGUCAGAGUCCGCUUAAACUCAUAAACAGUCUCUGUGAUGGUUUCUCUCUGAGUCUCCGACUGUUUGUCCUCAUCUGUCACCUCACCUGUCUGUCUCACCUGUCUGCCUCACCUGUGUGUGAUCGAGCUUCCUGUCGUCUUCUGGAGGAACACGAGCUGCUGAGGAUCAUGGAGUCCAGAGAAGACGCAGAGGAAGAAGACACCCCCAGGACUGUGAACGACACCACUGCAGACACUACCAGUACCCCGAAUACCACUGCAGACACCACCAGUACCCCGGAUACCACUGCAGACACCACCAGUACCCCGGAUACCACUGCAGACACCACCAGUACCCCGGAUACCACUAAUACCAGUACCCCGGAUACCACUAAUACCAGUACCCCGAAUACCACUGCAGACACCACCAGUACCCCGGAUACCACUAAUACCAGUACCCCGAAUACCACUGCAGACACCACCAGUACUGGGAGUACUGUGAAUACUGCUACAGAUACUGGUACUGCAGCUGCUGGCGGUGCUUUACCCACCUCUGCUGGUCACACAGACGAGGAGACAGUAGAACUACAACGCCAAGAAAUACCAGUAGAGGAAGAACCGUCUGCUGGAGCUGCGGAGGGAGCCGUGGAGCUUCUCUCUGAUCAGACACCACGGACGCCGGCCGCAGAGCGACCAGCUCCGCCCAGCAAUCUGGCCUUCUCAAGACCAACGAAGAAGAAAGUCCUGGUGGCUCCAGCGCUCAGUCUGUCUUUAGGUCGCAGUGAGUCGACGGUCUCCGAGGAUUUCCCCCCCGCCUUCCUCUCUCCGGACGACGACGACACAGGGCCGGACUUCGACCUGGACGCGAUGGAAACGCCUUCUGAUAGCGAGUCGCUGCACUUCCCCGUGUACGAGCUGGACCUGGAGGAUGAUCUGCGGCGCCUCGGCGUGGCGACCCGGCGGAGGGCAGAGUCCAGAUCCGGCCCGCGGUCCAGGUUACUAUGGAGACGGGAUGAACGACAUCAUCGUGUUUGCUUCCUGUUACCUGCCGCAGAACAGCCUGCACAACUACCAGCAGGUGAUGGACCACCUGUUCAGGUACGUGGUGGGCACUCUGGAUCUGAUGGUGUCGGAGAACUACGUCAUGGUGUACCUGUGUGCCGGGGGCCAGAAAGAGAAGCUGCCGGGGAUCAGCUGGCUGAGGGAGUGCUACACCACCAUCAACCGCAGGCUGAGGAAGAACCUGAAGGGCUUCUUUGUGGUCCAUCCCACCUGGUACAUCAAGGCCCUCGCCACCAUCAUCAGACCCUUCAUCAGCUCUAAGUUCAGCAGGAAGCUUCAGUUUGUGGAGAGUCUGGAGGAGCUGUCUCUCCUCCUCCCCACGGAGCACGCUCAGAUCCCGAAGGUCGUGACAGAGUGAGUUCCUCCUCUUCAGUCCCGCAGAGUUUCCAGGGUUUCUUCUUGAGUUCUU